AUGGGGCCGCUUCGAUCAGUCCAUGGACAGGUCAAAGCACAUUUUGCUCAAGCUCUGCAUGAUGCUUUUCCAUCAGUUCAACAAGAUGCCGCUGUUGUGAAAGGGAAUCCCAAGUAUGGAGACUACCAAUGCAACAACGCCAUGACAAUCUUCAAGGAGCAUGGCGCAGGAUUGGGCUUCAAGAAUCCCAUGCAGGUUGCAGAAGCCAUCAGGUCGGCCCUGCCCGCGAAUGACAUCCUUGGAGAGAUCACUGUUGCGCCGCAGGGCUUCGUAACCGUCAAAGUGAAAGAGGAAUGGAUUUGCAGAGAGGUAGGGCAGAUAUUGCAGGGUGACGUUGAGUACACGGAUUUGCCCAGAAAGAGAGUUGUUGUGGAUUAUUCGUCUCCAAACAUUGCCAAAGAGAUGCAUGUCGGUCACCUCAGGUCCACGAUCAUUGGCGAGUCCAUUCGCCGAGUUCUGGAGUUUUGUGGCCAUGAAGUCCAUGGCCUCAACCAUGUUGGUGAUUGGGGCACUCAGUUUGGCAUGCUCAUCGAGUACAUGAAAGAAGCAUAUCCCAACUUUCAGGAACAGCUUCCUGAAGUGCACGACCUCCAAGAGUUUUACAAGGCAUCCAAGAAAAGGUUCGACGAAGAUGCCGAGUUCAAGUCCCGUGCGCAGCUUGCAGUUGUGGACCUACAAGCUGGUGGAGUUUUCGCAACGUCGGCUUGGCAAAAGAUCUGUGAGGUCAGUAGAGUGGCCUUCAACAGGAUAUAUAGGAGGCUCGACAUUUCCAUUGAGGAGCGAGGCGAGUCCUUCUACAAUUCUUUGAUCCCACCGCUUGUAGAGGAGCUGAAGGUCCGUGGAAUCUGCAAAGAGAGCGAAGGGGCGAUGUGCAUUUUCACGCCCAGCGUCUCCACGAUCCCUCUGAUGGCUGUCAAAUCUGAUGGAGGUUUUGGUUAUGACUCGACAGAUCUGGCCGCCGUUUAUCAUCGGCUUUUUGUGAUGAGGGCUGACUGGGUCAUCUAUGUGACUGACCUGGGGCAGGAGCAACACUUUCACAUGAUAUUUGAUGCUGCCAGACAGGCAGGAUGGCACAGUCCCCCUUUAACUCGCUGCGACCAUAUGGGCUUUGGAGUGAUCCAGGGCGAGGACAAGAAAAAGUUCAAGACCAGGUCAGGUGAGACCGUCAAACUCAGCGACUUGCUGGAUGAGGCCGUGCAGCGUGCAAGCCAGGAAAUCAAAAGCCGAGUUGAAGAGCAGCAGAAGAAUGGCGGCGAAGCUUUCCUCACAGAUCCCAAGGAGCAGGAGGAUGCCGCUGAAAAAAUUGGAAUGGCAGCCGUGCGAUAUUUCGACAUGAAGCAGAACCGCACAACGAACUAUGUGUUUAAUUGGGACCGCAUGCUUGAUGCUAAGGGCAAUUCAGCCGUCUUCUUGUUCUAUGCCUACGCAAGGAUUCGAUCCAUCCAGCGCAAGUCCGGCACCGACGCGAACAGCAUCCCCUCCACCUGUCUCGAGUUAAAACAUCCUGCAGAACGGGAUCUUGCGUUGAAGCUUCUGCAGUUCCCCGAAGUCAUCGAGGCAAUUCUCGCUGAUCUUCAUCUGCACCACCUCACGGACUACUUGUGGGAGCUGUGCAACACCCUCACUGGAUUCUACAUGAACUGCAAAGUCUUGGGCGAAGCAGCGCAGUCGAGCCGACUGCUCCUGUGCGAGGCCACCAGAAAGGUUCUCCUGAAAAGCUUCCAGCUUCUCGGAUUCACGCCGCUGGACAAGAUUUGA